CGCCCGCAGCUCCAGGGGCGGCUCCCAGGGACAAUUCCCAGGGGCGGCUCCCACGGGCGGUUCCCAGGGGCAGCCCCCCGGGGCGUCUCCCACGGGCGGUGCCGGCGGGGCGGGAGGCGGGAGCGGAGGCCGGCCCGGCCCCGGCAGGUGAAGGAAGGGGCGGGCGCGGGGUGUGCUGGCCACGGUGGGGAUGAGCGGCCGGUGCAGCGGUGGCGGCUGCCCGCGGAGCUGAGCCGGGCUGCGGCGGAGCUGAGAGCCCCGGGCCGGCGGUGGCGGCUGCCCGUGGAGCUGCGGCGGAGCUGAGAGCCCCGGGCCGGCGGUGGCGGCUGCCCGUGGAGCUGAGGCGGAGCUGAGAGCCCUGGGCCGGCGGUGGCGGCUGCCCGUGGAGCUGAGGCGGAGCUGAGAGCCCUGGGCCGGCGGUGGCGAGCCCCUGUCCCCGCGGGCUGGCGGGAAGGGCUCCCCUGUGCCCGCCUCUCCCGGCCCUCUGCCCGCAGCGGCGCUGCCGGAGGGCGCCGGGAAACUCCUCGGGGAAGGCCUGUCUGCUAGGACCAUUUUCUGGAGUCUUGAUGCUGACAAAGUACAGAAUGAUGGCCUCUCAGGAGCAGGUCUGGCCAGUCCCAAUGAAGGCAAUUGGAGCACAAAACCUUCUGACAAUGCCUGGAGGAGUCACCAAGUCAGGAUAUCUUCAUAAAAAAGGAGGCACCCAGCUGCAGAUCCUGAAGUGGCCACUGAGAUUUGUGAUUAUUCAUGAGGGAUGUAUUUACUAUUUUAAGAGCAGCACAUCUGCAUCUCCCCAGGGUGCAUUUUCUUUGAAAGGUUACAACAGGGUUAUGCGGGCAGCUGAGGAAACAACAUCAAGCAAUGUCUUUCCUUUCAAGUUAGUUCACAUAAGCAAGAAGCACAGGACGUGGUUUUUUUCAGCUUCUUCUGAAGAUGAAAGAAAGAAUUGGAUGCUAUCGUUGAGAAGGGAAAUUGAUCACUACCAUGAGAAGAAAGAAACAGUAACAGAAUUCAGUGACUCUGGCUCUGAUGCAGACAGUUUCUAUGGCUCAGUAGAACGUCCCAUUGACAUCAAGUAUUCCCAUCAUUCAGCAGAUAAUGAAGAUUACGACCAGGAGGAGGAGGAUGAGUCUUAUUUGCAGCCGGAUACUUCUGACAUAGUGAAAGAUGAUAUGGUCCUGCCCCCUGCAUACCCACCUCCGCCCAUUCCUCACGUCAGGAAAUCUCCCUACUCAGAAGCAAGGUCACAUUCCUACUCUGGCAAACCAACUGCACCAGUACCACCACCACCUCCUAAGAGAAGCUUACCUGAAAUCAAACUAGAGCCGCCCCCUGUGCCCCCUUUACCUGUGUUCAAGAAGUCUGCAAGUGGCAAAGAGUCUCACCCAGUGCCUGCAGAGCCUCUGCCUCCAGCCCAAGUCCUUGUUCCUGCAGAAGCAUGCGAGAAGCUGAAAGGCUUAAACCUUUCUCCACGGACUCCUCCUCCUCUUCCAGGCAAUAAACCCAAGUUGUCACAGCUUGCUGAAAAGCUAGCAGAGCCCAAAGUGCCAAGGGAACAUGGUAAACCUGGACUGUUUGUGCCACCAGUGCUUCCAAAGCCACCUGUGCCAAGCCACCAGCCCCCUGCAGUCAAGCCUAGAACAGAGAAAUCUUUAUGUCCCCAGUUACAGAGAUCACCACCAGAUGGACAGAGUUUUAGAAGCUUUUCAUUUGAAAAACCAGCACUACCCUCCAAGCCAAGCCAACCUGAUGAUGACUCUGAUGAUGAUUAUGAAAAAGUUGGGCUGCCUGUUUCAAUAUUUCUUAAUACCUCUGAGUCUUUUGAAGUUGAAAGGAUAUUUAAAGCUAGUAGCCCACAAGGACAACCACAAAAUGGAUUGUACUGUAUUAGGAACUCAUCUACAAAGCCUGGAAAGGUAUUGGUUGUAUGGGAUGAGCCUGCAGGAAAAGUGAGAAACUACAGAAUAUUUGAAAAGGAUGGCAAGUUUUACCUGGAUUCAGACAUCAUGUUUUUGAACAUGGGAAGUUUGGUGGAAUACUACAGCACUCAUGUCUUACCCAGUCACGACAGCCUGAUCCUCAGGUGUCCUUAUGGUUACUCUAAGCCAAGGUGACAUGACAGCCACGGUUCACAGACACCCUACUGCCCCUGAGGAUAGGAUUCCUGCUGCUCUUGGGCAUCCUGCUGUUUGCACACACAAACUGAGUCUGUUUCCACCAUUUAUUCUCACAUGAAUUGUUAUAUAAAUUCCAUUAUGAACUUCUGGUAAAACCUUAAAGUCCGGGUCAGCGGAUUUUAUGAUCUUUUCUUUUACAAAGAUCCAAACUGAUUUUUUUGUGAAAGCUGUCCAGGAUACCCACACCUUUUAUAAAACUGCUGCUAUUACUAACCUCCUUAGAAUGUCAAAGAUGAACAUGAACAAAGAAGUGAUCUGAAUACAGCUGAUCUAGAAAAUGGACACUUCUAAAAGUAUGUCAGAAUUUAUUUGUGACAGGGAAUACUAAUACUCUGACCUGGAGGUACUACUUCUAAAGUCAACAUUGGUGCUCAACUGAGAUAUUUUGUAUUACUUGUAUAGUUAAUGUGUAAAUAAUGAAGAUUUCUGUGCAAAUUAUUUGAUUUACUGUAGGUAAAGACAAUCAGGAAAUUAGGCUUUUUUUUAAGCCACCUCUUACAUCCUUGUACCUUCUGAGUAGAGUAAUCACUAUCAGGUACUAUCUGCCUGAUAUGGGUGUGGCGUCCCACAUAACUUCUUAAUGACAUGCACUUCAGAGAAGUGUGGAACAAUAUUGAUUUGGCUUUCAUGGGAGCCCCAUUACCUAGUUCUGAACUGGAAGGGUUCGUGCCACUGCUGUUUUUAUAGGGUAUGAGAAAAGAGAAAGAGCUACUUGAGAUUUUGGGGGAAGGGAGCCAUUUGAAUGUUCCAAAUUCUGGCUAGCAGUUUUAUCUCAUGUUGCCAUAGUCAAAGGUUCUUUAAAACAAAUCACAAAAAACCACCUGAAACCAUGAUUGUGAUGCUACUAUCAAUCCAUAAAUCUUUGUAGUGAGCCAAUUGCAUUAUUUUCUGUUCAAGGGCAGAACACACUACCCUAGUCUGCUACCAAGACUUUUUCUGUUAUUAAAAUUUCUACUCAAUUUGUAGUUGCAUGCAAAACAAAAUCUGUUUUUAAUCUAUUGUCAGUGAUAGACAUUACCAGGGUGCUUUUAACAUUUGUUCCCUAAUAUUUUGGGGACAGGUAUCCUAAAUGCAAGGGCUUGAUAUUUAUGCCAAAAUGACACUGUUCCUGAAUUUUAAAAUGUAAGAGAAAUUAAUUUUAAGUAAUUCUGUUGAUUCAAAAAUUGUGUCAUAAUGGUCUCAUACUCUAAUAAUGUUUACAAGACUUGUAAUAAUAGUAAAAAAAUUCUGCCACUCCUGAGAUGGGAGAAGGUAUCUAGCUUUUACCAGUCUGAAUCUGUAUUCAUAACCUUUUUUUUUCUGUUACCUUUUCAAAAUUUGUACAUGCCCAUUUUAAUUGUUACCAUUAGAUGGUCACAGCUUUAAAAUCAUAACAAAGCCAUUAUGAAUUUUCUUUUUAUGAAAACUAUAAACCAGGAUUUAGCCCCUAGGGAAUUUUCUUUAUUCAUCACAUGGAAUAUGGGGAUCAUACACAGGAAUUGAGCAGGAAACUCUGCCUCCAUCUUUUCCAAGAGACACAGACAUACACAGUAUCAGUCUUUUGAUCUCUGUUCCCAUUGUAAUAGGGCUUAUGUGUGUAAAGAAUGUGAAGUACUUAAAAUUCAGAUUCUGUUGCAUAUUGGAUAUUUUAAUUCCUUUUGUUUUAAAUUAGUACCCCCGUAGUGCACUACCCCGACAUGAUCCUCUCUAAAUAAGGCCCAGCCAAGACGGCAUUUAAAAAACCUUUUUGGCAAAUAGUUAUAUCAGAGUAAGUUCAAGUUUCUUGUAAUAUUUACAUCUAACGGUCUACAGAAUAAGAUUUUCUCUGUCUGGGAAUAAUUGACUUCAUUGUGUCAUGACAAUCAUAUUUAUAGUAUGCUCUCUUUGGGGCUCUAUUCAGAUAUUUGAUUGUUUUCUCAGCCUUACACUCAGAAGAUUUUUAAACAUGCAUUUAAACCAUAACAAGCUCUUUACCUGUGCAAUACAAAGAGUUGCAAAUAUGUAAAUUUUUGUAUUAAUUCCAUUUUGUAUCUAAAUGUAUAGAUUUCUGAGAUUGAUAAAUUUUCAAUGCC